AUGGCUUCUGCAAGUGGUAAAGCUGAAAAAGCCUCAAAAUUUGAGAUGCUGAAACUUUUGGAGAACUGCCGGAAGGAAAGAGAUGAUGCUUUACAACGGGAAAGUGCUCUCAGGGAAAAACUCAGGCAGAAUGAGACGAGGUUGCGUUCAACCGAGGGCCUGAAACAAAAACUAAAGAUCUUGACUGUGGAUAACAAAGAGCUUAGAAAGCAAGUGAAGGCUCUCCGGACUGAGAUCGGACUGGAGAGAAGCCCCAACUUUUCAGGGAAGACCACCAAAGACAUAGUCAAUGAUUUUGAAGAAAAGGAACGUGAGUGCAACUCCUUAAUAGACAAGACCGGGAAACUUAGAGUGACCAUUGAUGACUUGACGGCAGAGCUGUCCAAUGUGACCACCUCCAAGAUGCUCUUAGAGGACCAAGUGCAGUCAUUACAGCAAAAUCUCAAGGAUAUGACAAAUAAUCAGCGGCGCCUGCUGAAGCUGUGGGACGACAAGAAGACCCAGAGGGAGCAGCUCGCUCUUCCUGCAAUUGUUCAGAAACCCUUCACGCACAAAGAAAUUCAAACUGACAUGUCCAUAAGCUCAUACCAGAAGCUUCCACCUAAUGCUUUUGAGACCAAGCAGAUUAGACAGGAUGGAGACAAGGACAAUUUAUCUUCCUUUGGUAAUGGCUUUCAUUAUAGCAGAAAGAGUUCUGUGCACAAUGAAACCUAA